GAUAAUUACCUCGAAGAGGCAUUUAAAAUGAGAAAUGUGCUGGAGGAGUUCGAGAGUACCAAAUAUGGACAGAGCAAACCCACUAUAUUAGGUCUCCGGGAGCAUAUUUUUACUGGAAGUGUUUCAUCACUUGCUUGGUUUAUGUCAAAUCAAGAGACCAGCUUUGUUACGAUUGGACAGCGAGUUCUGGCAAAUCCUCUCAAGGUUCGGUUCCAUUAUGGCCAUCCUGAUAUUUUUGAUAGACUCUUCCAUAUUACUAGGGGUGGCAUAAGUAAAGCUUCCAAGACUAUAAAUUUAAGUGAAGAUAUAUUUUCAGGUUUUAAUUCAACAAUGAGAGGAGGAAAUAUCACACAUCAUGAGUAUAUGCAAGUUGGUAAAGGACGUGAUAUGGGAAUGAAUCAAAUUUCAAGCUUUGAAGCUAAGGUUGCCAAUGGCAAUGGUGAACAAACAUUGAGUCGUGACAUCUAUCGUCUUGGACGCAGAUUUGACUUCUACAGAAUGCUAUCUUUCUACUUCACUACAGUUGGCUUUUAUUUCAGUAGCAUGGUUACUGUACUUACAGUCUAUGUAUUUUUGUAUGGGAGGUUAUAUCUCGUCUUGAGUGGUCUGGAAAAGUCUAUUUUGCUGGAUCCACGUAUUCAGGAGAAUAUCGAGCCUCUUCAAAAUGUGCUCGCUUCACAGUCAGUUUUCCAGCUUGGUUUGCUGCUUGUCCUCCCAAUGGUCGUGGAAGUGGGCUUAGAGAAGGGAUUUCGCACAGCAUUAGGAGAGUUCAUCAUCAUGCAGCUUCAGCUGGCCUCUGUGUUCUUCACAUUCCAGCUUGGCACCAAAACACACUACUACGGGCGGACAAUUCUCCAUGGUGGCGCCAAAUACAUACCUACAGGACGUGGGUUUGUUGUGUACCAUGCAAAGUUUGCUGAAAAUUAUCGCAUGUACUCCCGAAGCCACUUUGUUAAAGGACUUGAGCUGUUAAUACUUCUGGUUGUAUAUCUAGCCUAUGGAAGGUCGUACCGCACCAACUCGAGCUUGUACCUAUUUGUCACCUUCUCCAUAUGGUUCAUGGUGGCAUCUUGGCUGUUUGCACCAUUUAUCUUCAAUCCAUCAUGCUUUGAGUGGCAGAAGACGGUUGAUGACUGGACAGAUUGGAGGAAGUGGAUGGGUAACCGUGGGGGUAUCG